AUGGUAGAACACCCGCCUAUAGGAAGUGAUAAUUGUACUCUAUGUCCAGCAGUAAGGCAAUGACUUUUCUCUGUUAUUGGUAUUUAUUUUACAGUCAACUAUAUCAAAUCAAUGCCCUUUCCUACAUGAAAAUCUCACAUAAUUGGCUUGGUUUCACCUAUUAUCUUUUAUGGGGCUGCAUAUACUCAAUAUCUUGCGAAAUUAGCAGCUCGUAGAAGGUUCAUAGAGCAGAGUCUACAGAAUGAUAUCAAAGAAUCCUAA